AUGUAUGCAAUGAUGAAAUUCACUGCAUCAUGUUUCUCACUUCCUUAUAUCAUAGUGCGCUUAUUUUGGCAUAAAUCUCGCGAUUUAAUAUCACAUUUCCUUCGUCAAAUGGAAAAUAUUUUCCCUCAAUUUGUCGGUGUACAAAUUGAUGGUUUCUUCGCCCUACCUUUGUAUUCAUUUGCUUGGUACAAGCAGGCCAGUUAUAUGAGGACAUUUCUAAUCUAUUUCGACGUCUCCUCUAAAAUUAGCGCCAGCUCACACAGCCAUCAAACUGAUCAUAAGACCAGCAAAAAUUCCGGAAAUUUUCCAUUUGUUACUAAUAGACUCUGCCUUUAUCCGUCUUCGGUAAGAUUGCAUCAAAUAAAUAAACGCAACUCAUUUACACAACGGUUUGAUAAGGUACCGAAUGUACAAUCACAAUGGCAAGGCAAAGAUUUUCUAUUCUGCUGCAGAAUGGCAGCAAAUCUAUUGAGUAUUUUUGCGAAAUACGAAAAACUAAUGCGCCCUCCUAAGCCUGGAGAGUGGAAUGCAUCGAGCAACUACCAAAUUGGGCACUGCCAAAAAAAGUUGGAUUUCCUUUUGUCAUGUUUUGACAGAGCUUUCUUGACCACAGUGUUAAAAAAUUUGCGAUUGAGCUUUGUCAGAGGUUUGCAUUUGGCUCAAAGUUGUGUUUCCCACUCAAAAGGUCUGCUAGUGGUUGGACGAGGAGUUGCUGCAGAUGAAGCUAUGGCAGCAGCUGCGUCAAGCAUGUGUCACCAUGGAGCAGAGAAAGCCUUAUUAUCAACGAAACUACAUCGCUGUUCGAAAGAUGGUAGUUUGUUUUGA